CCGCGGAGUCAGACGGAGCGAGCUCUAGAACAGCUACAGAUUAUUGUUUGACACGAUGGGAACAAAGAGUAUUAUCCUACUUGCUCAAUUAAUCAGCGGACUUAUUUUUGUUCAAGCUACUAAAGACACUUUACAACAAAUCCACAGAGAUUUCUGGAAAUGGCAUAUGCGGGACUCUCCCCAAUUUAUGACUGCAACCGGAUUCAAUAAAUAUAAUGACUUGUUGGAGUCAAUGAAUAUCAGCAUGUUUGAGGAGCGUAAGAUCGCUGUAGAGGGAUUUAUCACCCGCCUUAGAAAUAUUCCUCAGAAAACACUGUCAGCUCGACAUCUCGUGGACUAUAAUGUGUUACAGGAUUACCUACAAACCUUUGUUGACGGAUACGAAUGGAAAGACUUUCUUGCUCUCAAUCCAAUCAACUUUAUGGAAGGACUGCAAAGCAACCCUCAGGCCUUUGUAGACACUUCGCCAUUUAUAUCGCACGGUGACUUCAUCAACUAUCUCGCCAGACUCAGGAACUUGCCAGUAAUGGUCGAUGAAAUCAUCGAGAGAUUAAAGCGAGCUAUAGAAGUGGGCCACACUCAUCACUGGUCGGCUGUUAAAAUGGUACCGCAGCAGAUUGAUGCAUUUUUAAAGUCAGAGCCGACAGACUUGGUAUUCUUUAAACCAUUUAAUUCUUCUUUGGAUGAAAUACAGCAUAUUUCAGAUGAAACCAAAUCACAGUGGAGGUCUCUCGCCAGGGUAUACUGCUCGGAUAUCAUAGAUGCAUUUGAAAAAUUGAAGAAAUUUAUAGUGGAAAUAUACAUGAAAAACACAAGAAGUCAUAUCGGUGUAGGAUCCUGGAGAGAGGGAAAGGAGUUUUACAGGGCGUGUCUAAAGUUUCAUCUCUCGGUCGACAUGACACCUGAGGAGGUAUUCAAAUUAGGCCAGGACGAGGUGGCCAGGAUACUAAAACGUAUGAAAAAAGUCAUGAGGAAACUGGAAUACGAAGGAAGUGUUAAAGAAUUCUUUGAUAUGCUGAAUCUAGAUAGAAGUCUACAGCGUACUAAUGCUGAUGACGUGCUAAUGGAAUAUCGCUCCAUAUAUAAAUACAGAAUCAAACCAGUCUUAUCCAAAUAUUUUGAGAGACUACCAGAUACACCCCUGAGGAUAGUGUCGCUACCGUCAGAUGGUCCACAGGGUCUCUAUAUGACGGGAUCAAAGGACGGGGAGAGGCCAGGCACUUUUUUUGUCAACACAAUGCGGCCGCAAUCUCAUCCUACCUUUACGUUCAUGGCCUUAACCCUGCACGAGUCUGAACCGGGACAUCACUUCCAGCUGAGUUAUGCAGCACAAACGAAACUUCCAGAAUAUAGAAGACAUCUCGAGAUAACGAAGUAUUUCCAAGUGCCAUUUAACUUUCCGUUCUACACUGCAUACGUGGAGGGAUGGGGUCUCUACGCUGAAUACCUCGGGGAAGAGUUAGGCCUGUAUGAAGACGAGUAUGAAAUGAUGGGUCGCUACAGCUUCGAGAUAUUCCGGGCAUGUAGGCUUGUCGUCGAUACUGGAAUACACUACUUCAACUGGUCGAGAGAGCAGGCUGUUAGUUACAUGAUGAAUCAUACCUCCUUGCCACUGAAGACAGCAGAGAAAGAAAUUGAUAGAUACAUCGUGUUUCCUGGACAAGCAUGUGCAUACAAGGUCGGCGAGAUCAAGAUCAGAGAGAUCCGUGAAAGGGCGAGAAGAUUAUUGGGUGAUGCCUUCGAUAUUCGCAAGUUCCACACGGUGGUGUUGGAGAACGGACCGAUGCCCUUGAGAGUUUUAGAAAGCGUUGUAGACACCUGGAUCAAAACUACUAAAGAGGAAGACAAAACCGUGCAGCCACAGCCCGCAUGUUCCAGUGCCAACGUCUUUUUACAUAGCUCAUUUACAUAUAUUGUUAUUCUCAUUUUGUCGGUAUAUCAAAUAAAAGUCUGAUUUAUCUU